AUGGCUACCCAAGGUCAAGUCAUCACCUGCAAAGCGGCGGUGGCCUGGGAACCCAAUAAGCCAUUGGUGAUCGAAGACGUACAGGUAGCUCCGCCUCAGGCCGGAGAGGUCCGGGUCAAGAUUCUCUACACUGCUCUCUGCCACACCGACGCUUAUACCUGGGGUGGUAAGGAUCCUGAAGGUCUCUUCCCUUGCAUUCUUGGUCAUGAGGCUGCAGGGAUUGUUGAGAGCGUUGGUGAAGGUGUUACUGAAGUUCUGCCAGGAGACCAUGUCAUCCCUUGUUACCAGGCAGAAUGCGGAGAAUGCAAGUUUUGCAAAUCAGGGAAGACAAAUCUCUGUGGAAAAGUACGUGCUGCCACUGGAGUUGGAGUCAUGAUGAGUGAUCGCAAGAGCCGUUUCUCUGUUAAUGGAAAACCUAUCUAUCAUUUUAUGGGAACAUCAACAUUCAGCCAGUACACAGUUGUUCAUGAUGUUAGUGUUGCGAAGAUAGACCCAAAAGCUCCACUGGAGAAAGUAUGCCUUCUUGGAUGUGGUGUACCUACUGGUCUUGGAGCUGUUUGGAACACGGCAAAAGUAGAAUCGGGAUCAAUUGUUGCUAUUUUUGGCCUUGGGACCGUUGGUCUUGCUGUUGCAGAGGGUGCCAAAACAGCUGGUGCAUCACGAAUAAUUGGCAUUGAUAUUGAUAGCAAAAAGUUUGAUACAGCAAAAAACUUUGGAGUUACUGAAUUUGUGAACCCAAAGGACCACGAGAAGCCAAUCCAACAGGUCCUUGUUGACCUCACUGAUGGUGGCGUUGACUACAGUUUUGAGUGCAUUGGAAAUGUCUCGGUGAUGAGAGCUGCCCUGGAGUGUUGCCACAAGGGCUGGGGAACAUCUGUUAUUGUUGGUGUUGCAGCAUCAGGACAGGAGAUCUCCACUCGCCCUUUUCAAUUGGUGACUGGUCGUGUCUGGAAGGGAACAGCCUUUGGUGGUUUCAAGAGCCGCUCACAGGUGCCUUGGCUUGUAGAGAAGUACUUGAAGAAGGAAAUCAAAGUUGAUGAGUACAUCACCCACAAGUUGACUCUUGGGGAGAUCAACAAAGCAUUUGAUUUGAUGCAUGAAGGGGGAUGUCUCCGGUGUGUGCUUUCUACGGAUGCAUGA